AUGGCAAUUCAAGUAGGGUUUCGAUAUCUAUUCCUUCUAGUUCUCGUUGGGUUAUUGGUGUGUAUCAAUGGAGCUCGUAACAUUCCAUUCUCUAUCAUUAAUUAUAAGGACAUAGGUUCUUAUAAGAUAUUUGAUGAGAAUGAUUUGAAUCGCCGUGAUUUUCCUAAUAAUUUUAUUUUUGGUACUGCUACGUCAGCUUUUCAGAUUGAGGGUGUGACACAUAGAGCAUUUAACAUAUGGGAUAGUUUCACCCACAGAUAUCCAGAAAAGUCGAGCGAUGGAAGGGAUGCAGAUCAAGCUACUGAUUCAUACCAUCUUUAUAAGGUGGAUGUUGAAAUGAUGAAAAACAUGGGUGUCAAUGGCUAUAGGUUCUCAAUUGCUUGGUCUCGAAUAUUGCCAAAGGGAAGGAUAAGUGGUGGAAUAAAUAAAGAGGGGAUUGAGUACUACAAGAAUCUUAUCGACGAACUCUUAUCUAAUGAUAUUGAACCAUUUGUGACUAUUUUUCAUUGGGAUCUCCCUCAAACUUUAGAGGACAUGUAUGACGGGCUAUUAGAUCGUAAUUUUGUGUUACAUUAUAGGGAUUUCGCAAAUCUUUGCUUUAAGGAAUUUGGUAACAAAGUAAAGUACUGGAUAACAUUUAAUCAACCAUACAGCCUUGCGUUUAAUGCUUAUGGGAAAGGUGAACAAGCACCCGGAAGAUGUUCUGCAUGGAUGAAUAAUAAAGUACAGGGAGGGGAUUCAGGAACCGAACCAUAUAUUGUAGCUUAUCAUGAACUUCUUGCCCAUGCAGAAGUUGUUCAAUUAUAUAGAAGAGAAUAUAAGAAAACUCAAAAAGGAAAUAUAGGUAUCACAUUGAUAGCUAAUUGGUAUUAUCCAUUGAGGAACACAGUUGCUGAUACUAAUGCUGCUCAACGAGCUCAAGAUUUCAAGCUUGGAUGGUUUUUGGACCCAAUAAUAUUUGGUGACUACCCAUCAUCUAUGAAGAAGUUAGUUGGCAAAAGAUUACCGCAAUUCGCUCCAUGGGAAUCUAAACUCCUUAAAGGAUCAAUUGAUUUUCUUGGCUUAAAUUAUUAUUUUCCAUUAUAUGCAUUUGAUACAAGUGCACCUGAUCCCACAAAACCAAGUGUUUUAACUGACGGAAGAUUUGGAACUACAAAUGUUCGUGACGGUGUUCCAAUUGGUAUAAAUUCAACAUUGUUUUAUUACAAUGCAACGGGAUUUUAUGAUCUUUUGACUUACUUGAGAAAUAAGUACAACAAUCCUCUCACCUACAUUACAGAAAAUGGUUAUGCUGAUAGUAGCACGAUAUCACUUAAUGAAACUUUAGCUGAUGUGGGACGGAUUGAUUACCACAAAACUCAUCUUUUAGCCCUUAAAAAAGCUAUCGCUGAAGGAAGCAAUGUUGCAGGAUAUUUUGCAUGGUCGUUAUUAGAUAACUACGAAUUUGUUCAAGGAUUCACAGUACGGUUUGGGUUAAACUAUGUAAAUUACAGUGAUCCAUCAGAUAGAAAACCCAAAGCAUCGGCCUUGUGGUUUACUGACUUCCUCAAUAAUGUUGUUUAA